GAUUGUUGUUUUGUUUACAGUUGAUUUUUAUUAUUUGGCGGUGUUUAAGAGGGUUUGUGAAAAUAAUUCCAUAAAAACUUAAAAAUGUUUGAAGUUGAGCCCAUUAUUGUUGACCAUAAAGAUGUUAUACACGAUGUUGUAUUCGAUUAUUACGGUCGUCGCAUGGCCACUUGCUCCAGUGACCAAACAGUUAAAAUUUGGGAUGAAAAUGAGCAGGGUAAAUGGUCAGUAACAUCAAGUUGGAAAGCACAUUCUGGUUCCAUAUGGCGGGUGUCAUGGGCCCAUCCUGAAUUUGGUCAAGUUUUGGCCUCGUGCUCUUUUGAUCGCACCGCAUCUGUGUGGGAAGAAGUUUUAGGCGAAAAGGUAGCUGCCACCAUGACACCCGCUAGACGUUGGGUUAAACGUACGGUUUUAGUUGAUUCGCGCACCAGUGUAACCGAUGUUGAAUUUGCACCGAAAUAUUUGGGAUUGCUAUUGGCCACUGCAUCAGCUGAUGGUGUUAUACGGAUAUACGAGGCACCGGAUAUAAUGAAUUUGAGCAAUUGGCCCGUACAACAUGAAAUCACAAAUAAACUGCCAUUGAGCUGUUUGUCCUGGAAUACAUCGACAUAUAAGCUGUCCUCUCAGCUAUUGGCUGCUGGCAGUGAUGAAACUGCUACAGUCACCGGUAAAGUUUUUAUAUUUGCCUAUAGUGAAAACGCUAGAAAGUGUGUAAAGGUGGAGACAAUUAAUGAUAUAACUGACCCUGUUACCGAUUUGGCUUUUGCUCCAAAUGCGGGUCGUAGCUUCCAUAUGUUGGCCGUGGCCAGCAAAGAUUUAUACAUUGUAAAUAUAAGAGGAAUCACUGACGGCUCUGGUAAUUCCAAGCUAGAUAUACAAACGGUUAAACACACAGAUCACAAUUGCCCGGUUUGGCGUGUCUGUUGGAAUAUGUUAGCUACAAUGUUGAUAUCAACAGGUGAUGAUGGCUGUGUGCGCAUUUGGAAAAUGAACUACAGCAGAAAAUGGAAGUGUGCUGCAGUUUUAAAGGCUGAAGGCAGUGGUCCUGCCUAUGAACCGGCUCUUAAUUCACCUACAUUUACAACAUCAGCCGCAGCCACUGCUAAAUAUUAUAAAAAGGGCAUUAUUAGCAAUCCCAAUCAAGUGCCAUGGCAUUAAAAUCAAUUUAAAUAAAAACUCCAAUUGCAAACACACAAGAAACCAAUACAAAUCAAACAACUCAAGCAACAGAAAAAGGGAUGUUUGAAUAAAGUAAGUCUGUUUACGUUAUAUUAUUCCUCUUUACAAUUACAUUUAUAAGGAUUUCUUUUUUUUUGUAAUAAAAACACAAAUACGGCCACGA